GAGAGCCGUUGGGGCGGCGGCAGCGGCGGAGGAGCGGAGCAUGGCUGAGGCAGGGCCGCUGCAGCCCGCGGCGCUGCCGGACGGCCCGCCCGGCGCCGGGCCCAGGAGGAGCCGCAGCUGGAGCAGGGGGGCGCGGCCGCCGGAGCAGCUGGCCGGCGACCCGCAGGAGCUGCUGGAGGAGGUGGAGAUGCAGAUCGGCGACGCUGCCUUCUCACUGACAAAGAUCCUGGAGGCGACGUCUGCUGUAUCAGCCCAGGUGGAAGAGCUUGCGACCAAAUGUUCAGAAAAUGCCAGAUUUCUUAAAACAUGGCGGGACCUGCUGAAGGAGGGGUACGAUUCCCUGAAACCCAGCGAGUAAGCGUACUGUCGUGCAAAAAGCGGGAACUUCUGCUGCCUGCUGAGGAAUGCUGAGAGUGGAGUCAUCCCACUGUAUUUACCUUUUGUUGACCAUGCCUUGUAACAGUACAGCUUGGUUGGGUUCAUACCAGGUUGUCUGCUUAUAUUAGACUUGAAUGUGUUACUGCACGUUGUGCCUAGUAUUUUUUUAAACAACUUUUUUUUAGGAAUUUCACAUGGUGCGUUUAUUUUUUUCAUAACUGCUCCCCUUGAGGUAGAAGAGAGUUCUUUGGAAAAUACUUGAUAACUUGUAUGUGUACAAAUACUAUGUAUAAGUCUCUGAGUAAAAUAACUUUGUUUAGGGAGAACAGGUCAGACUCUUCCUUUACAGCUCAGGUGAUCUUGUGUAUGAAAGAUCUUUCAUUUUUGCUAAUACAAGGGGGAGAAAGUUAACUUGUAAGGUACAUCUAGAACUCAAUGGUUGUGGGAAAGUGGUAUCCUGUGAAGAUAUAGUCCGCCAUCUUUUUUAAGAACUCUGACUGUGCCAGAAGAAGCCAUGUUAACUCCAGAGAAACCUGUCAAGCUAAUUUCUCUUUUCCUCUGUGCGCAUUCUUUCUUCAAGUUGAGGAUGGGAUAAUAUGGCUAAUGAGGUUUUACUUAAGAGCUACAGAUAAGCCACUCUAUCCCAGAUAUUACUAUUUUAGGCAGUAUUGCAAUGUAUUUCUAUAAAACUGCAUUUCUUACAAAGAGUUUGACAAUUGCAAACAAUAUUACACCAGACUUCUUAUAAUAAAUACAAAGUGCCUUAUGCAUGGACCAUAGAUGUGUGAUAGAAAUUUAACUGUAUUGCUUACUGAUAGGAUGUAUUACUUUGAAGAAUUAGUACAAACUUCCUUCAGUUAGAAAAGUGUCUAUGAACUGUGUUCUCCCAUUUCUGGGCAGCAACUUGUUAUGUUUUUGGCCUAUUGUAUGUCCUGCCUCAGGCAGUAACUAGUUAGUUAAUCUAAUGUCUACUAUAACAGGACCUUUGGUCUGAAAGAUCACUAAUCUGUAAUAAAUAGCUGCAUUGAAACUUCCGAACUCUUUACCAGAGUAAUGUGAAAAAUAAUGCUGAAUGCAAUGGGAAGCUUCAGGAGAACAUGGCUGUACCAUGACUUGUAGUGAGCCUAAUUUUCACUGGAAGAAGGAUUUUUAAAAGACAAAACUGUAGUUUUGUUAUCAAAAGAAUAAAGAUGUUAAAUUUUGAA